CUCUCGGCGCCGGCUGUGAGCUUCACCCGGGCUCGCCACUUUCACUGCUCGAGCGCAGCCCGGUUCCGGGAAAUCGCUCUCGUGUAGCACCGGAACCUUGUGUCUGGUGUGGCUGCAGCGCCUUGGAAGGCUAUUUCUUGGGUAGAAUGUGGUGACUUUGAAGGAGCUGCCUGUUUCCUGUGUCUGCAUGUGUUUGCCCAGAGCCCAGCACGGUUGACUUUGUGGACCUAUAUGAAUCUAUACGGGAAAGACAGCGUCAUGACAGCGAAAGAUCUACAUGUAGCACCUUAGAGCAGAAUGACAUAGAAGCAGUGGAGGCACUUGUUUGUAUGAGCUCCUGGGGUCAAAGAUCACAGAAAAGUGACCCAUUAAAGAUAAGGCCACUGACACCCAUCUCAGAUUCAGGUGACUUCACAAUGCAUGCUGAAGCUGCCUCUGAAUUACCAAAGGAUUAUCACUUUUUGUCUACACUGUGUAUGACCCCCCCUCACAGCCCUGAUUUUGUUGAGCCAUCAACUACAAUGCUCCUUUCUUCACAAGUUACUUAUUCCAAACCAAGAACAGUCACAACAAAUACACCUGUUUGUGUAGUCACCCCUACAAACUGUGCAUCCGCAAUAGCCAAAUCUUCUGUCAUAAACAUGGAGAGGCAAUCCAGUCGGAAGUCAGCAAUAUCUGAACCACCUGCUCCUCAACCUUGCAGGGCAAUGGCAACCAGCGUGAUACGUCAUACAGGCUAUAGUUCCGCUUAUCCCCACAUUCCUGCAGUGCAGGUUAAAACAAAGGUAACUUCAGGUAAUUGCAGUACUUCAACUGACUGGUGUGAAGCACAAGACGAAAGACAUUCCAGACUUUCUGAGGACAUGAUUACAGCUGAUGGUUUAAUUACUGAUACUUCACCAGUACCUCAGCCUUAUUUGCAUAACUCUAGUUGCAAUGCUACUAAUAAAGGGCAACAGCCAAUACGACCUGUUUCACCACAGACUUCUUUACCAAAGAAUUGUGACAACUACCUACCAAAAAAAGCCACUCAGCUGCUACCUGCCCCUGUUUCAAAUCCCCAAGUCAUCUGCCAAAUGAUUCCUUUUAGCAGGCAAAGAAGUAUGAUUUCUGCCUUUAUAAAACCCCCUACGCAGACUGUCGCGACUACUGUCCAGCCUAUUUUACCCCAAACAGCCUCAGUUUCUCAGCCUGUUCUCAUGGGACCUUCUGUGCCUCAGGGUACUGUCAUGUUGGUUCUUCCACAGACUGCUGUUGCACAGACACCACAGUGCCAACAAACUGUAAUGACUGUUGGAAACACCAAGCUAUUGCCUCUUGCUCCUGCACCAGUUUUUCUCUCUUCUGGUCAAAGCUGUGCACCUCAAAUGGACUUCUCAAGAAGGAGAAAUUAUGUUUGUAACUUCCCAGGCUGCAGGAAAACAUACUUCAAAAGUUCCCACCUCAAAGCCCAUCUUCGUACUCACACUGGAGAAAAACCUUUCACCUGUAACUGGGAAGGCUGUGACAAAAAGUUUGCCCGUUCAGAUGAACUUUCUCGCCACCGAAGAACUCAUACAGGAGAGAAGAAGUUCGCUUGUCCUGUGUGUGACCGUCGUUUCAUGCGCAGUGAUCACUUGACAAAACAUGCACGUCGUCAUAUGACUACAAAGAAAAUACCCAGUUGGCAGGCAGAAAUUGGCAAACUGAACAGAAUUGCUACAGCCGAGAAAAGUAAAAGUGGUGGUGCAUUGAGCAUGAUUAUCCCCAUGCCAGCCUCUGCCCAAGUGAGCUAGUUGGACAAAGAAUCUGCUCUCAGAACUUUCUAGAAGUCAGGAAGAGCUACAGUGGUUAAAACCGAAUUGACAGUGUCUUAAUUUCUAUUCAUAUUUGCCUCAAUAGGGUGGAAAAGAGGUAUGUAAUUAUUUUCUUCAGUUUAGGCUCUAUUCAUAUGAUAUUUGAACUAUUCAUAUGAACUCGAUUGUGUGUCUCUUUUCUUUGGUUUCAAGUUUAUUCAAGAAUUGGGUGGCAUCCACACUCACCAGCACUUCAGGAAAGCAGAACUCUUUGGAAAUAGAUUAGGUACUAAAGUAUUAAAAACAAAACCAACACGCACUUGAGUAACACUUGCUAUUCAUAUUUGAUACAAAGUGAAACAAGGUGAUUUUUUUAAUGUUUUAUAUAGUAAUAUUUUCUAUACAAAAUACACUUUGUAUUUAUUCAGGUAGGGCUCAGCCUGCAGUCAUUGAAAUUACCUGCAUAAGGAAAGAUGUGCAAAAUCAGGCCCUUUUUUAGAAACUGCUUUUCACUAAUCCUCGAGAAACUUAAUUUAAAACAUUUUAUAAACAUAUAACCCUUGGGUAACUCAGAAUGUUUUGGAAGUUUACCCUGAUCCAUCAAUCAGUUUGUACAGUUGAACCCUCAUUCAGAUGAGAUUGCAGCAAUGGGACUUAGAAACCUGUUGCCAUUUGCAAAAAAAGUCUCUAGGAAUAAAAAUGUGCUUCUUGAAACCCACAAAAAUUAAUUAAAUUAGGAUCCUCAAAGGAAAAAGAAAUUGCAUUGAAUGUGUUUCAUAAAUUCUGAUGUGGAAAGGCCGUGUGUGUGACUUGAUGUGGAAGCUUAAAAGCGAGUGAGUGAGCUCCUGAUUUAGUUUUUGAUCUGACUGAACAAAGUUUGGGAAAACAAAACUAUUCAAUUGGGUGCACAGGUACAACUAUUUCUGAAGAAUUUUGCCACCAGUAAGCGAUUUUUUUUACAUAAGUCCUGCUGACAUUAAUAUACUGCUAUUACUGAAAACACAAAACUGGUAGAUGGUGACAAAACAAUGAUUAUGUAGUAAACUGGAUAUCUCUUUGUAUGUUCUCUGCUUUUAAAAUUGUAGGGUGUUUUUAUACAGCAUUUAAUUCUUGCACACCUAAUAAUGGAUUAUUCAAGACCAGUUUGUGUAUCAAAAUCAUACCCCAAAAUCUAAUUUAAAUAUAGCCACUUGGUUAAACUGAUGAGCCUCUUCUUACAGCAAUGGUUCUCAAAGUGUGGUCUAUGGACUACUAGUGGCCCAUGACCAUCUUACAGGUGAGCCAUGGAGUUGAGGCUCCUCUCCCCCCCUCCUCCCCCCCCGCAGCAAGGAACUUGUGCUGAUGCUCCAGUCCCACAGCCCUCCCCAUGAUGUUGGAACACCAGAGCCAGUUUCCCUUUGUGGAGGCGAGAGGAGUGAGCCUUGUGGCUGGAUCUGACUUGCAGAGGGAGGAAGUGACUCCAUGCACUCCUGCUCUCCUUCUCCCCCAUCUGGAGGAACAGCAGCCUAGGAAACCGCUCACCUGGAGGCUUUCCCUGCUGCUUCCAUUGGAUGGAAUCAUGGCCAGUGGAAGCAGGAGGGGUGGUGCCUGGGAGUGAUGGGAGGACAGAGCCAGAUAAAUGCCCCCACAUGCCUAGACCUUGCAUCUCCCUGAUGCUGAGACCACGCAUCCUCAUCCCGCUUUCGUACCCUUGCUCCUGCCUGGAUCUACCAUCCCACCUGCUGCCCAGAUUCCCCACCCUGCUCCUGCACUCUGUCUCCCGGUUAGACCCUCCACACUCAGACCGAUCCUACACCCAACCUCCCACCCAGAUCCCACACCUCCACUUUGUCUUUUACCCAUGUUGUCAUAAUGGGUGGUUGGCUGGUGGUCUGCAGAAAGGUCUGCAUUGAGUGGAGUGAGCUAUGGUUCAAAAAGUUUGAGACAGUCUUAUGGCCUUAUAUUCCAUACUAUUUUGUGUGCAGAACCAUUCAUUCCUAUUAACUGAAAUAUUCUCCCUGUGUAAUGGACUUUUACAUCAAAAUAUGUUGUGGCUAAGAUGAACUGCAAAAUUGCCACUUGCAAGAUUGCUCUGUUGAAACUUUCUUUAGUAGCAUAAAAUAGGAUUAACAAAAUUAAAUGUGUGUAGCUCAGUUAGAUCACUCAACAUCCAUGUCAAGAAGAGAACACACACAUUAACAAGCAAAGAUGCUUGCUGUAGUGCUGAGAUCAGACUUGUAACAUCAGACAUUUCAUUAGUACCUAGAAUAACUGGCUCUAGAACAGAAUAAAAAUAGCUCUCUGCCUAGCAGGUGCCUUCCUACGUCCAAAUAUUUCUGUUGUAUAGGUUGAUUCCUUGUGCAAUGUGGCAACUUCUAUUGCAAACAUCUGUUAACAUUAACUUUUUUAUAUAAUAUAUAUAAGGACUUUGCCUUCAUCUGAUUUAUUUAUUUUGAGUCUAAAUUCUCUAUCUUGAGCUGCCUUCUCCUUAAAGCAUGGCUCUGAUCUGAAACGAGGUAAUAUAAAAUGGCAUUUUCAUACUCAUCUGCUUCAUGUUUAUGCAUUCAAUUGCAUCUGUCUGUUUACUGACAAAGUAUAUUUUUACUACCCUUUGCUCUUAUGACUUUGGCAAACUCAACAUAACUAAUAGAGCAGGAGUUGUAUUUGUUUUCUUUUUGCAAAAUAAUUGUUUAUUAAGUUUGGUCUAUUACACUUUUUAAAGCCCACUUAGCGUCCAUGUGGACCAAUAUUUCAGUUAUUUGAAGCAAAAUGAAUGGAUUUUCCUAAUACUAGCAAAUAAUACAUUGAAACUGUCAGCAGUAUUCAGUUUUUAGAAGAUACCUACAUUUCCAUAUGACUUAAAAUCAAUAAUUCGGAAUGUGCUGUAUAUUGCACUUCUUCAUUAGGUUAAAAACCUUGUUUUGUUGUGCAGUAUGUUAGUCUGAUUCUGCACUCCUAUGGACUGGUGCAAACACACUGAAAUAACUCAUCUGAAGUCAGUGAAGCACAUGUGUAAGAGCAGAAUAUGCUCCUAUUUUUCCAUUUUUAUGCCUCUGGUUAUAGCUAUUGGUAAUUUUAAGAUUAUACUUAAUUGAAACGUGUUCAGUGUACUGAUUUUUAUGCAUAUCCUUUAAAAUGUCCAAUCUUCGUUCAUUUGACAUUUAAUAUGAUAUUGAUGACCGUCAUGUAUUCCUGGGGAAAUUCUGUGCCACUGCACAUGCACAGAAUUUAUGUUCUGCGCAGACCCUUUUAUCACUGUGGAAAAUAUGUUCUGCUGGAAAGGUGCUGCAGCUUUUCUUUUUGUCCACUAGGAGACAUUAUGUGGCCAGAACAGAAAGCAACAGCAGAAGAGAAAGGACAGCUGCUGGAUGAAGGGUCACAGGGUGGGGUUCAGAAGACCCUGUGUGGGCACAGACUGGGGCAAGGACUGAAUGGGAGUGGGGAUGCAAUGGGGAUGGUGGUGGCUGAGUGGUGGACAGGGUCACAUGGAGCUUGGGGAGGGAGUGCAAGGACACUUGGGGGUUGGAGGGUGCAGAGACACAUGGGGGGCAGGCAGAUGUCCCUGACUGACUGAGAGAAGCUAGGGGUCAGCCAGCAUCUGCAUGGGGAAGACUCCCUAAUAAUACUUCUCUGCUCAAAAAUGCCCAGUUUCACACUUUUCCCAUUCACACCCAACAACCUUCCAAGUUCAUACACAGGCUCCUUCCCUGCAAUUACUACCUUCCCUCAACUCCUCAGUUAUUCUUGAGUUUCCCAAGCCAUUAUUUUUCUUCUGGGGGGGUGUGGGAAAUAUGUUUCUGUAUUUAAAUUACUUGUUACUCAAAGUUCUGUGUUAAUAUGACUAGUAAGGAAUCUGUUAAAAAUUCCUUGUUGUCUGUAUUGUUACAGACACAAUUCCUGACAUUGAUUUUGAAAUAAAUUACCAAAAUAAUUGAAACUGGUGUGAUUUAUAUUGUUAUUUUGACAAAAUAUGCAGAAUUUUAAAGAUUUUUGGUGCAGAAUUCCCCCAGAAGUAAUCAUGUGCAUUGAUAUAUGUAUGCAAAUGUUUAUAUUUUUCACAGGGCUACACUAAUUUCUCUUUUCGGUAACAUGGAUACUUAGAUUAUUACUCUUGUGCUUUUUGAGUACUGGCACUUAAGGAACAAGCUUAAUUCCAUUGGAAAAAAUAUUAGCUCUGCUCUUUAUGCUCUAGGCAACAGAAGAGCAAAAAAAUCUGUCUGUGGAUUGUAGUGUGACUUAGUUAAUUCUUUUACUUGACCCAGACAUGCCAUAUCUUCAAAAACCUAUUUUGGUAAACUGUUUUUUUAAUUUGUCAAACUACUUUGAUAUUUUCCAGUCACAAAAGAGUUUUGGAAACACCCUGUAAUUAAUUUUGUAGAUGGUCUUUUUCUUUUGGUUGUCAGGAGAAAAAG